UCUGUGAAAAGACUGGUGCCGAAAAGAGAAGUCAAGAUGGCAGCCGUGUUCGUUCUUUUGCGGCGCGGAACAAGUGAACUUUGUGGGAAAACAUCGUCUGUAAGGUUUUCUUUUCCCAGAUCAAGAUCAAGACAGUUUCACUCGCAAGAGAGUGGAAAGGCUUCCAACCAAAAUGGAAGAACAUCCGGAAAAAAUGAAAAUCAGCCUAAAACACCAGACGACGUCAGUAAAUGACGGAUGAUUAUGCGGCCUUUGGGGUUCACAGUGCUGACAGGAGUCGUGAGCUUUGGAACAUGUUCAAUUAUAAAUUAUGAAAGAGUCAGAAAUUUGUAUGUGCAAGGAAAUAGGGCAAAUAAGCCUUCUUCUUAUUCUUCCAAGUCACUUGACUUCCGCAAUAUGUUAAACAAAUGGUGGAACUCUUUGCAUGGAGGCUCAAAGACAGCAGCUGUAAUUAUCUUCCUAAACACAGCAGUGUUUUUGUUAUGGUAUCAACCUAGAUUACAUUUCUUCAUGUACAAGUGGUUUACAACAUCUCCAUUCUCAGGCUCAAGUCUGACAAUGCUGACAAGUGUUUUUAGUCAUAAAGAAAUCUGGCAUUUAUUUAUCAACAUGUUUGUACUCUGGAAUUUUGCACCUCAUUUAGAGGCUCUUCUUGGCAAAGAACAGUUUAUUGCAUUUUACAUUACCGGAGGUGUUUUUGCAUCAUUCAUAAGUCAGGUAUUCAGGAUUGGUUUCACCAGUGCAUUGGGUGUAGGUGCUUCCCUAGGAGCGUCAGGAGCAUUGCUCGCGUGUUUAUCGCUUGUGUGCAUCAAUCAACCAGAUAUACGCUUGUCAAUUGUAUUUCUGCCAUUUUUUACAUUCCCUGCUGGAGUGGGCCUCCUAGCUAUAGCUGGGUUUGACUUACUCGGGUUAUUGCUGCGUUGGAGACUGUUUGAUCAUGCGGCGCAUCUCGGCGGUGUUUUAUUUGGAGCGCUAUACCUAAAAUACGGCAGUUAUUACAUAUGGCAAAAACGGGGCUGGUUCAUCUCCGAGUGGCACAAGCUGCGAGAAGGAAGCAAAAGAACUUGAACCCUGUAACAUCUGUAAGAUGCAUCUUCAGAUCUUCUGUCUUUAACAAGAAGAAACUGGUCAGACUGCGGGUAAACCCCCUUAUUUGCGCACUUGUUGGAAACCUUACCAUCUUGUUUUAUACGAGAGCUCUUUUCAAGAAAGACGUCGAUUUAGGUUCCCGUGUAAUUGCGGCUCGCAAUAGAUCCCCAGGGAUGUCGAGGCGCGAUUGUGAUUGGUUGAUGUUUCCGCCAACGGGCUUGUCAGCUGCAUUUCUUGAAAGGUCUCAAAGUUACAUUAGAUUGGCGAGUAGCAAUACCUCACUAGUUUCUAAAGAUGGUAACUGAUCCCGAAUUGCGUCUAACAACCACGAUAGUCACUUGUACGGAAUGUUGACUCCCUUCCCGUGUUUGAUGGUUCUGAAAAUGUCAUAUUUUCAGCGUUACGAUGAUCUGUCUUGAAAGUGUACCCCUCGCUAUCACACCGAGUCUGCGCUUACUACUAAAAUAGAAAUGAUAUGUACAUAGGGCGAACCAUUCUCGUUCCCAGAGCCUCUCAUUUUUUCUUAUUGUCUCUUGUUCGGUCGACCAUGUGACUAAAAGAAACGAGAACUCUGCGAAUGAGUAUGAGGCAAGGCGAAUUACAGCCGCCAACUAGUGUUUUCUCCCUUACGCGAGGGAAUAGUGGACCCUAUUUCUCGCCUCGUCUCGGUGUAGUGUCCUAGUUUCCAGCUCCCUCUCACCAGCCCACGCUUUCUUUCUAUUAACACCUUCGUUCUCCUUGUUCUGUUGUAGUUAAACGAGGAUAUUAAAAUAUUUUUGUUGAUCUCAUUAGAUUAUGUUUCAUUGUAGACUGGAAACGCAAAUUUACGUAACUUAGCAGCUGCUUGAAGAUCAUUUUCACGAAAAAAAUCGAAAAGCAUUGACAACACGUUUUGACGAUAUUAAACAAACGAGCGUUCACUUCGGCGAGGAAAACAUGAUGCACAAAAGUAUAAUUUCAUACUUUAAAUGUAAAAUUUAGAUUGUUUUAUUGAAAAAAAAAUGACCAAGACUACCAGAAGAAAACCACUUCCUUAAUUCCGAUGUUUGUGGUCUUUUCACAAAAAAUUAACAAUAAUCGAUUAGCUAUAGUUAUAAUUAUUUUUCACUUCUCGGAGGGUUAAGAUGAGUGCAUGCAAGCAGUUUUUGAAGUCGAGAAAGCCAUUUCUGACAUCUGUCUUAUCUGACAACACCAUUUUCCGUCCUUUUGCAAUGUUAUUUCGAAAUUUCAUCCAAAAGAGAAAGGAGAAUGAAAAAGAGGUGCAACUGGAUUGGAAACCAUGACCUUGGGAACGAAAGCGGUAAACUUCACGAUCACGUACUUGAGCAAGCGUGGAUGUUUCGUUUUAAAGUGGUACUUGUUAUAACUCAUUGCUAUUUAUAAGAGGUCUUUUUUGAAAUAGAGAAAUAAGGAAAUAGAGCCAGAAAAAACACGUAAGACAUCAAGAACAUUUUUUUUCACUCUUACAUUUUUCUUUGGGACAAAGAUAUAUCCGAUUAGUGACGUACAUUAUGUAUGAUGUUAAAAGGCUCACAGGACUUGUGAACACAUCGGAAGACGGUGAUGGUUUCUUUGCAUGGCAGAGUGACAACAACUGACUCUUUUCAGUACUACUUAAUUUCUUCUCAUCAUCUAUCCCCUUUCACAAAGCUAAUUUACUUCGCGCAGUAAUUAUUUAUGUGCGUCGUUAACUGUGCUGGUAAGAUAGUUAUGGCAUAUUAUGCCGGUUGAUAUCGGUUUUAUCACGGGAAUCAUUUUAAGCGGAAUAAUCAUAAUCGGUUUGAUUGGAAACGUUAUGACUGACAUUAUUCGUGAUAAUCCUUUACAAAUCGUUGCGGGAUGAAAUUGGAAUACUCGCAAAUCUCGCGGUGGUAGAUCUUUUGCAGUCGGUCUUUGGGAUGCCUCUGAUAGCUGCUUCAGCCUUUUACAAUCAGUGGUUGUUUGGUGAAUCUCUGAGUACAAUAAGUGGCUUGACCAACUCACUGUUCUGUUUGACCUCUGUUCUGAGACUCACAGCAGUAUCUGUUGAUAGAUGGUUAGCAAUAUUGUGUAUCCACCCCAGUACAGAAAGAAAUUGGUUAACCAUCAGAAGAGCAAGGUUUGCUUUGGUUUCCAUUUGGAUACAUGCUUUAUUUGUGGCGAUUCUUCCUGCAUUUGGUUGGUCAAGGUUUGUAGAAUUGUGGCUCUCUCAAUGAUUAACAAGUGUGUAAGUAUUAUGCAAUCACUUUUUAGUAAACAAGUUUUUCGCGCCCUCA